AUGGAGUUGGCAGGCAGUGGCGGCGGCGGGGAGAUGAUGGCAUUAGAGGUGGCGGGGACGGAGAUGUCGGUGACAACAGUGGAGGCAUUCACCCUGUCGGCGCUGCGGUCGCACGCGAGCGGAUUUGUAAACACGCCGAGCGAACGGGUCGAGUCGGACGGGGAAGAAGGGGCGUACCGCAAGGCGCGCGGGGAGAGCCGCAGCCUGCGACGAGCGGCACGGGCGACGCCGCUGACAGUCGGCGAACUUCGCGCUGGGUUGGCAUACCGCACUCGGGCACACAGGUUGGACUCGGAGCUGCAGAGGCGCGCCUUGGCCCGCGCCAGGGCGGACGUGGGCGAGCUCGUCACAAAGGCCGCGCUCCUCCCGCCGACCCCGCGAUGCGACGCGACGCGACGCGACGCGACGCGCGCCAGCCCCCGUGGCUCCGCCCCACAAAGCGACGCGCUCCACACAGGAAGGCCCGGCUGGCGCGGCCGCGCCCCCGAAAUUCGAUUACCCUCCUGCCGACUUUGGCCAAUUUCCUCGCUCCUCAAUGGCUUCCACCGCGCGCACCGUGAUCUCUAUACUUUCCGUACGAUCACCUUCGGCGCCUCCGUCGCCGGAUGCGAAAGUUACAUCUGCGGGCAGCGCGCAGCAGAUUGGAUUCGACCGGCGCGGCGCGGCGGCACCCACCCGCCCACUCCCAGCGCCCGCAUCCUCGCCAUACCGCGCUCUCGCCCCGCACCCACACCCUCGCCCACUCCCACGCCUCGCUCGCGGAGGAUGGAAAGUGUAUUAGUCAAAAGUAUAAGAGGAAUUUCGUUUGAUUAUUAUAAUAGAAUAGAAGACUGCCGCAUUCCUAAACAGCCUCUUACUAAUGAACCUAAAGGAGAGAAAAUGCCGGCCCCUCCAAAAAAACAGUUGCGCGCGCGAGGCAACACACGCGCCCGCCAGCCAGCCAGCCAGCCUCGGGCUGGAGGAGACUACGAGGAGAAGGAGGAGGAGGAGGAGGGGGGUGUUGGAAGUGAAAGUGAUGAGAUUGUCGCCGAUAGGGGUGAAGUGUGGUGGAAGUGUCGUGGCGGAGACUGCAGAGAGAGAGGAUUCCGCGUGAACGCGAGGCCGGACAAUGUGGCAGUGCCAGACGACUAA